CUGAAGGCCUCCGCGCGGUGGGCGUGCCUCCGGUGGCCAACAUGUCGGCAUCUGGAGUUUAACGGAACUUUACCGAAACAUUCACCGAGUUUAUCCGGUUAACGGUUAAAAUAUGACGUUUAAACGAGGCGCGGACUCAGCGGAGCCUUUUCACGUUAGUUUAAUUCAUAAUUUAUCCGUUUUAUUUUUAUUUUUCAGCUCCAGCUUGCCGCUCGGUGGCUGUGGAGGAGUCAGCCCGGAGAGGAGUCUGGUCUGGGGUCCGGGGAUCGGCACCGGCUCGGUCCUCCCGGUGCUCCCGGUCCGGUAUUUCUACAUCCAGGCGGUGGAUUCAAACGGACAGAACCUGACCGUGUCUCCGGGUAAAGACACGUUCAAAGUGAAGAUCCGAGCGGCAGAUAACGGCGAACACAUUCGUGUCCACGUUCCUCCGCCUCUGGACCGAGGAGACGGAUCCUUCCUGAUGAGGUACCGACUCUACGGAUCAGCGACCAAAGGCCUGAAGGUGGAAAUCCUCCACAGAGACGCUGCUGUGGCUCAGUCGCCCUACAUCAUCCCAGGUCCAGUUUAUCAUGAAUAUUGCGACUGUCCGGAGCCUGACGCCUCCGUCUGGCAGAAUGUCAUGAAGUGUCCUAAAGAUGAGCCUCAGAUUGUGGAGGAUUUUCAGCCUUUUCCCUCCAUCGACCUGCAGCGCCUCAGACAGGAAGCGCCAGUCAGGUUCUCCAACCGAGGAGGUCUGGUUCACUACGUCAUCAUCAACAACCACAUCUACCGACGGACUCUGGGGAAAUACACCGACUUCAAGAUGUUCUCAGACGAGAUGCUGCUGUCGCUCACCAGGAAGGUGAAGCUUCCAGAUGUGGAGUUUUUCAUCAACGUGGGCGACUGGCCUCUGGAGACCAGGAAGACAGAUCCAGUUCCCGUUCUGUCCUGGUGUGGAUCCACCGACACCAGAGACGUGGUCCUGCCCACCUAUGAGGUGACCCACUCCACUCUGGAGACCCUGAGAGGAGUCACCAACGACCUGCUGUCUGUUCAGGGACACACAGGACCUCCGUGGGUCAAUAAAAGUGAUCAGGCGUUUUUUCGUGGUCGGGACAGUCGAGAGGAACGUCUUCAUCUCGUCUCUUUGUCCAAGAAAAACCCCGACCUGCUGGACGCUGGGAUCACCGGCUGGUUCUUCUUCAGAGACCGAGAGAAACAAGUCGGUAAAGCACCACUGGUCGGAUUCUUUGACUUCUUCAAGUACAAGUACCAGGUGAACGUGGACGGGACGGUGGCGGCGUACCGGUUUCCCUACCUGAUGCUGGGGAACAGUCUGGUUCUGAAGCAGGACUCUCCGUACUACGAACACUUCUACAGCCGCUUGCAGGCCGGAACCCACUACGUUCCCGUGAAGAGGAACCUGUCGGACCUGCUGGACGCCAUCAGAUGGGCCCAGCAGAACGACGCCGAGGCCCGGGAGGUGGGCCGGGCGGGCCAGGAGGCGGCCCGGGAGCUGCUGCAGCCCAGCAGGUUGUACUGUUACUACUACAGAGUACUGCUCAUGUACUCAGAGCGGCAGGACGGACGGCCGAGUCGACAUCCCGACAUGGAGGAGGUUCCUCAGCUGGACGACCACACGGCAGCAUGUUCAUGUCAACGGAGAAACCAGGAGAAUGAACCGAAGGACGAGCUGUGAAGAACGUUUAGACUCAUGGAGAACCUCACAGGAAACAUUCCAAUUAUAACCGGUGCUCUUAUUGCGGAGGGUAAAGGAAGUGGUAGUCAUAAAGAACUGUUGAUGUCUGGAAAAGUUACACCAGAACCUCCUCAGAACAUCUGGUUCUUUAUCUCCAGUAACUUUAUCAAUGAUCAGAGUUCUACCUUCAUCCUGGGAAUAUUUCCAGAGUUCCAGGUCCUUGAAGUCCUCAGAGGAGAACGUCCUCUGGAGAAAGUUCUAGAGUAGACCUACCCACAAUGGGACAGUUGGUAGGUCUACUCUAGAACUUUUUCCAGGUGUGGGUAGGUCUCUUGAACUUUCUCCACUUGUCGGUAGGUCUACUCUAGAACUUUCUCCAGUUGUCGGUAGGUCUCUAGAACUUCCUCCAGUUGUUGGUAGGUCUACUCUAGAACUUUCUCCAGUUGUCGGUAGGUCUACUCUAGAACUUUCUCCAGGGGACGUUCUCCUUUCCUGCUUCCAGUCUUUAAGUUUAGUCUCACUUAGAACAUUCCAGGUCCUUGAAGUCCAUAGAGGUGGGUCCAGAUUUAUCACUUUUUAAUGGACUUUUUCAGAACUUCAUCAGUCCAGCAGAUAGAACCAUGACAUUUAGAAGGAGAAACAUCUGAGUUCUGGUACAAACUGACCCCAGAUCAGUUUUACAUCCAUUCAGGUGUCUCAGUCUAAACACUAAAUCUGGUUUCUGUUCACAAUAAUUUUAGUCUAUAAUUUUAUUCAAUUGUUGACUCAGAAAUUGGAUCAUUUUCAACCCAUUUAGGAAAAUUUUCAUUUCAUUUUCAACAAAUUGUGGAUCAUUUUCGAGUCACUUUGCACAAACUUCUCUCAUUUUCUAUCAUUUUUAAAGCAUCGUGAACUAAUUUUGUGUUUUUCUGCAAAUCUUCAGUCAGUUUGGAUCAUUUUUGAGUAACUUUGGGUGAAUUCUGAUUCAUUUUGGACAAUUUUCUGGUCAUUUUCAACAAGUUUUAUGUCAACUUGGAUCUUUUCUUGUCAUUUUGGAUCAUUAUUGUGUCUUUGGAAUCGUUUUGGAGUCAUUUAGGACAAAUUUCAUGUCAUUCUGGACUCAUUUUGUGUAUCUGAAUCAUUUUUGAGUCAUUUUGGACAAUUUUAAUGUCAUUCUGGUUCUCAUCUGGCUGGAUGUAAAACUGAUUUUUUUCCAUAACUCAGAUGUGUUUUUCUUAAUUUAAAAAAAAAAUGGACAAACUACAUGAAACUUGGCUGAAAUGAUACAAAAAAUGUGCCAAAUUUCUCAAUACUUGUCAAAAAUGGCUCAAAAAACUGUUCAAACUGACAAAAGAUUUCCAAACUUAUUAAAAUUUGUCCAAAAAUGACAAAAACCUGCCAAAAUGACUCAAUAUAUCCCCAAAUUAUUCAAAAAUUAUUGAAAAGGACCUGAAACUUUGUCCAAAUUGACUCGAAAAUUGUCCAAAAUUGGUCAAAUAUUGAUCAGCUUCAGACUGUGACACCGGGAUGGAUGUAAAACUGAUCUGGAGUCAGUUUUUAACAGAACUCAAAUGUGUUUUCAUGCAGAUUUAUCACUUUUUAAUGGACUUUUUCCAUUAUUUCUGAGCGUCAGAACUUCAUCAGUCCAGCAGAUAGAACCAGGACAUUUAGGAGGAGAAACACAUCUGAGUUCUGGUAAAAACUGAAACUUCUCUGCCUUUUAACACUUGUUGUUAUGUAGUUUUUUGUGCCUUUUGUAGAGCUGGUUGGUCAUACAGGAGGUCUUUGUACUGUUUUGUGGCCUUUAUAUUGGACUUCUGUCUACAGUUUAAUCAUAGUUACAUCUUAAAUAAAUAUUAUUUUUGACAGUUUACUGGAAACUCCUUGUUGAAGAAUGUGAAACUUGAUAGAAUUGGAAAACUUGUUGCACAUAUACUGAGAAAAAUACUAGUAAUCCUUUAUAUGUAUUUUUAAAGAAAACACAAGAAGAGUUCCACAGUUACUGAGUCUGAUCUACAUCUGAUCUGAAUAAAUUCAUUUUAUAAAUGGUCA